AUGCUCAAUAUCAUUCAUUCACAAGGAAUAAGAGUAUCAUCAUCAUCAUCAUUACCCUCACUCGUCCGUUCAAAUUCCACUUUAUUCUCAAUGCUUAACUCAUUCAAUCAGGUAACAUCUGCCUCAGUAUCCAUCAAGGAAACAUCAAAAUCAGAAGAAACAACCCACACCAAUUGGUAUCAUUUAUGGGCCUUUUUGGCAAUCUUGUUAGAUUAUGUUUCUGUAAUUUUUAAUGUCUUUCCAGUCUCUACGACGAUUGAGAAUACUCCAUCAACAUCCAGUAUGAUGACUAAUGAAGAAUUAGAAUAUGAACUUGGUAAUCAAUGCACUAUAAGCAAUUCCAUAAUGCCAAGGUCAUUAUCCCCACGCCCAGAUCUUCCAAAGAAUAGUCUUGAGGUGUUUACCUCAGAGUUUUAUUUUUCACUGUUUGCAAGUGGUGGAAUUGAAUCGAAUGAAAACCUUGAGAGAAUGGUAAAUUCAUUUGGUAAUUUGGUGCCAAGACAUGAUAGCAUCUAUUCUCAAUCUGAGUCCAGUGAAGAUGAUUCAUCAAGUACCUCUUCAAUAAGAACAAAACACAAUAACGAACAUUCUGAGAAAAGUUACCAACAACAUGCAGAAGUAGAUGCUUUAAAAAGUACCUUGAACUUGUUCAAGUUUCCUAAAAGGUAA